UGUUUCUUAUAUGCGUUGCUAAAAUUGAACGAAUUUUGAAGCAGUGCGAUAGUUAGAGAACAAACGACUUUUGGAUUUUCCUACGAAAUAUAUACGUGAUCUUUUAGUAGGUAGUGAUUUUACCAUAAUAGGUAAUUAAAAAUGUUAUUCUGAUUUGCGAGCAGUGUGGUGGUUGAUGUUUACUAUAGUUUUGCGGUGUCUGUCUUACGAUAAACUGAUCAAAGAGUGUCGAUAGUUCAAUACUAGAAAAUGAUAAUGUUAACUUCGGAUGAGGCCAAUAAUAAAAAGCAUGUUGUUGUAGACGUUAAAAGCAACACACUCAGAAGACGAAAGACUGGAGUGUACAAGAUGGACUCGUCUGAUAAGGACCAGGCUUUUCAGAAUAACAGUUUUCUGAGCACUCUUGCCAUAGGAAAAAGAAAAAUCUCGGAAGAACUAGUACCGCCCGGCAGUCACGGCAUCUUCCGGCCGAAACCGCAACACCAAGAUUACUCGUCGUCGACGCUAGGUGGCUACGCGCGCGCCGCCACAAAUUCCAUCGGCACCUCGAUCGGUAAUCUAGGCAACAUCCUCUCCAGGAAAAUGGCGGCGUCGACCUCGCAACCGUCAGUGCCCUGGCCAAAUUCCAAAGAUGAUUACGAACUCGGAAAAGUUAUCGGUGUUGGAGCCACAGCAGUAGUACAUGGAGCCUACUGCAAGCCGCGCAACGAAAAAUGUGCCAUCAAGAGGAUCAACCUGGAAAAAUGGAACACUUCCAUGGACGAAUUACUUAAGGAAAUUCAAGCCAUGUCCUCUUGUAACCACGAAAACGUCGUUACUUACUACACAAGUUUUGUGGUUAGGGAGGAACUGUGGCUGGUUUUAAAAUUGCUGGAAGGCGGCAGUCUUUUGGACAUAAUCAAGCAUAAAAUGAGAGCGUCGAAUUGCAAGCACGGCGUUUUUGAUGAGGCUACAAUUGCCACAGUUUUAAGGGAAGUUUUGAAGGGGUUGGAAUAUUUUCACAGCAAUGGACAGAUACAUCGGGAUAUUAAGGCUGGUAAUAUCUUAUUGGGCGAAGAUGGUACAGUUCAAAUAGCUGAUUUUGGGGUUUCUGCUUGGUUGGCAACUGGCCGAGAUCUUUCCAGAGAGAAAGUCAGGCACACUUUUGUUGGGACACCUUGUUGGAUGGCUCCAGAGGUUAUGGAACAGGAUCAUGGCUACGAUUUCAAAGCGGAUAUUUGGUCUUUCGGUAUAACUGCUAUCGAAAUGGCUACAGGUACCGCACCUUAUCACAAAUAUCCUCCUAUGAAAGUGCUUAUGUUGACGCUUCAAAAUGAUCCGCCUAAUCUUGAUACUGGUGCCGAGGAAAAGGAUCAGUACAAGGCAUAUGGUAAAACAUUCAGAAAAAUGAUCACCGAUUGUUUGCAAAAAGAAGCGGCAAAAAGACCGACCGCGGCCGAUCUUCUAAAACAUCCGUUCUUUAAAAAGGCCAAAGACAAAAAAUACCUUCAACAAACCCUGGUCGCUAUCGGUCCUAGUUUAGAGACCCGAGUACAAAAGGCAUCUAAAAGACAACCGGGAGCUUCGGGCCGUCUUCACCGAAAGGAAACUGGCGAAUGGGUGUGGUCCAGUGAAGAUGAAGAUGGUGGCGAUGGCAGUAGCGAAAGCGACACUGAUUCGAAACCAAUGAACACGUUGGUUUCUGCUGGAUCGUCAGGAUCGGAUCAUGAGAGUAGCGAGAGUGAUCCGCCUCCGGUUAAUUUAGUGUUAAGGAUGAGGAAUGCCAAACGUGAAUUGAAUGACAUCAGGUUUGAAUUUGCAGUUGGUAAAGAUUCCGCAGAAGGCAUAGCCAGUGAAUUGGUAGGAGCGGGUCUAGUAGAUGGAAAAGACAUAACCGCUAUAACCCAGAAUCUACAAAAGCUUAUUGAAAAAAGACAUUCACUAAAAGUGGUAACUUUUCAGUUGCAAUCGGGUGUGGCUAGUAAUGAAACGCCCGACGAUAAGGCCCUUAUAGGAUUCGCCCAGAUUUCCAUUACAGACUGAAACAGACUGGAUUUUAAUGCAGUUUUUCUAAUUUAUACAUACCAAUUUGUCUUCUGAAAUCUACUGAUCAUUUGAAUUGAUUUUUGUUUUAGUUCUAUGUAUUUUGAUUUAAUAACAUUUCGAUUUUAAUAAGGAAUUUUUGUAAAAAAAUGAUAUUUUUUGAACCAGUCAUAUUUGAAAACUCCAACCAUUUUUUUUACUAGGUAUUGUCAUUUUUAUUUUUGUCUCAUGAUCAAUAGAUUUCAUUUAAUUGUACUUAAAGUUCCAAAAAAAAACCUACUGUUGAAAUUUUUUAUUGUUAGAUUUUGCUUGUAUGUAUUGUAAGUUUAAUUCUUUACCUAUUCCCCCUUUUAGUCUUUAAUAGUGGUGCGUUCUUAUAAGGUUAGUACUUUUCCCAACAUUUAAAUUGAAAACAUAUCUUUGACUAUAAGGAAUUUGGAACAUUGUCGAGUGCUAACUUUAAAAACAAACCCACCAAGUAUGUUUGAAGUUUCAACUUUUUAAUUUUAAAUAAAUAAAGUUGUUUAAUGCCUAUUUUAGAAUAUUUUCGCUUGUUAAGGAAUUGAUAGUACUUUCUAGUGGGCCUAUUAAAGGUAACGCAGGCGUGCCAACAAUUAUUGCGUUUUGUAGUUAUCAACAUUUUAAUUAAUCUGGAUAAAUAAUUAUUGUAAUCUUAUUAUUUUGGGAAUGGCAAAACAAAAAAUAAAGUCUGUAAAUAUUAUUUAUUUAUUCCAAAAAUAAAUUUAGUUGCAAUAUUUUAA